AGGCCUCGCGUACCAAUAUAUGGCCAGAUUAAUUGGCUGUCGAGCCUUAUCUUCAAUUUCUCUCGAUCGGUUCGAUCCCAUGACCAUGUGAGGGGGAUGAUGCCGGAGGCGGCUCUGAGCUCCGGCAAGCCGAUGCCGCGGGUCGGCAUGGGCACGGCUUCGUUCCCGCUCGGCGCGACCGACCCGUCGACGGUGAAGGAUGUCGUCCUGCGCGCCAUCGAGGCCGGCUACCGGCACUUCGACACGGCGGCCGUGUACCAGACGGAGGCCAUCCUCGGCGACGCCGUGGCGGAGGCGGUGCGCGCCGGCCUCGUCGCGUCGCGGGACGAGCUCUACAUCACGUCCAAGCUAUGGGUUGCCCACGCGCACCCCGGCCAUGUCCUGCCAUCUCUUAGGCGUGCGCUCCGGAAGAUGCAGAUGGAGUAUCUCGAUCUGUACCUGAUUCACUUUCCGGUGAGCAUGAGGUUGGCUGAAGAUCCGGAGUCAAUGACAUAUUCCAAGGAUGACCUUGUGAUGAUGGACAUGGAGGGAGUGUGGAAGGAGAUGGAGGAGUGCCAAAGGCUAGGACUCACCAAGGCUAUUGGUGUUAGCAACUUCAGUUGCAAGAAGCUCGAGACAUUGCUCUCCUUCGCAACCAUCUCUCCUGCAGCAAAUCAAGUUGAGGUGCACCCCUACUGUCGGCAAAAUAAAUUGAGGGAGUUCUGCAAGGAGAAAGGAAUUCAGCUCUGUGCCUACUCUCCUUUAGGUGGAAAGGGUACACCAUGGAGCAACAAUGCUGUCAUGGAUUGUCCUCUUCUCAAACAGAUUGCCAUGGAGAGGGGUAAAACUAUUGCCCAGGUAUGCUUGAGGUGGGUGUAUGAGCAAGGAGAUUGUGUAAUCGUCAAGAGCUUCAACAAGAGCAGGUUAAGAGAGAAUCUAGGCAUCUUUGAUUGGGAGCUCACCAAUGAUGAUCGUCACAAGAUAAGCACCCUCCCAGAGUGGAGGGGAACUCUUGACAUCUUCGUCCACAAAACCGGUCCAUAUAAAACAGUUGAUGAGUUUUGGGACGGCGAGAUUACUGGUGACAAGACUUUUUCUAAUGGUCCCUGAUCAAUGCUAGCCCAGCCAAUGAAUGGACUGCUCAAGAAGAAUUCAAAUUUCGUGUACCAGAGUCCAACAUACUUUUCCUCAUGAUGCACACAUGUUAUGUCCUUUUGUGAAUGAAAGUAUACUAGUCGUCAAAAUCUCCAAUCUUGUCCACAUCAUAGAGAUCGUUUUAAAUCUAGGAACGUUAUUUUCUUAUUUUCCA